UGCAUCUUUCGUGCAAAUCGUCGGCAAAAUAGAGGAAAUUUCAACCACCAUCAUCCACGAUGGGCGAUGAUGUUUUUGUGCCUCUAAUUUCGAGGUGGUAAGCGAUGACGAUGAAAGGAUGAAGGCGAGCUGCCACCAACUCACCAAAGCGGGCACGACAAGACAUGCCCAAGCCGGUAACCAAGAAGCACCUGACUCCUCAGGAGAUCAUGGAGAUAUGUGCGUGCCUGAGGGACAUGAGGGGUCAGGGAACCCUGACAGAGAAAGGGAAACGCUUCUGGUUUUGCAUGUGUACAUGCAGUUGAAAUUGGCACACUUGGAGAACCGGAGGAAGUCCAAGGGCAAGCGCUCGAAGCCGAAUGGCCAGGUCGAUGAACAUGCUGCUCAGCAGUUGGGGGUUGGCCUCAGCACCGUGCGUCGGAAGUAUGCAAUGCUCAACAAGCUGUUGCGAGAGCACGGCAUAGAUGGCCUUAAGACGCUUUCUGUUGAGAACCGCCGUGGCAAGGCGACACGGCUGCCGACACGUGUGCCCACGACAAAACGUGUGCUCAGGCAGGUUCGCGCUCACGUGCGCAUGCAGAGAGAAGGCGGACACCGCAUCACGGCCGUACAGGUGCUUGACUUCCUACGCAAGCACAGGCAUGUGGACGUACGACCUUCGUUUGCUGGCGAUGGUGACGACGAACUGGACAGGGCGGCGGCUCUGCGGGCGGUGCAGCGGUUUCUUCGUCGUGCGGGCUACCUUCGCGGCAACAAGCACGUUGUUCAAGAGAACCCGAGGCACAAGCAGCUGCUCGCAAAGUAUCUGAAGGAGUUUGAUGCAAACAGGAGGUUGCCACCUGACGAGCGCCUCAGAGAGGUGUAUCUCGAUGAAUCAUACAUUGACAGGAACUACAACAGCAACAGAGACUCCCUGUAUGACCCCAACGACGGUCAAGACAUGCACAGUCAUCGCAAGAUCAAGCGGGGUCGGCGCUACUGCUUUGCCCUCGCAACUGACGGUGCAGGCGAUGAGGAGCAGCCACAAGCAUCGCAGUCAUCAGCGCGCAAGUGCAGCCGGUGCAAGCAGCCAGGGCACACGCGGAAGAAGUGCCCCGUCGCUGACGAAGACCUCCCUGAGCAACCACAGCAACAGCAGGGCCGUCCCCGGAAGCCUUCUCGUGGGAGCUUCCAUACAGGGGACUAUCAUAAAGCCUUUAAUUCUGACAACUUCAUCAGCUGGUUCAAGGAUGCGUUGCUGCCGAACCUGCACCAGCCGUCGCUCAUCAUCAUGGACAACGCAGCGUACCACCGCACCCUCCCACCAGACACGCCAGUCCCGGGGAGAAUGAAGAAAGCGGACGUCAUUGCAGCUCUGCGAGCCAGGAACCUGACCGUGAGCGAGACUGACUUCUCCUGCGAGCUGAAAGACCGCCUGAAGUUGUGGGUGAAGAACCACGUCCAACCAGAGGUGGUGCAGCUGGCCGAGGCGCAAGGCCACAAGGUGCUCUUCUCCCCUCCGUGCUACAGCGACCUCAACCCAAUCGAGCUCGUGUGGGCGCUGAUCAAGGGCAACGUCGGCCGCAGAUACAGCCUCGAUACUACCUUCGAGGAUGUUGAAAGGCGUCUGGAGGAAGAAAUCCAACGCCUGGCAGAGGAUCGCGGGCAGUACCGCAAAGAUGGCAAGACGCGCGUGCAAGCCAUCAUCGACUCGAUCGACAAGCAGCUGGAGCGGCAGCGGCGCAUCAUCGAUGGCAGGGGCGAAGAGGAGGCAGUAGAGCAAGCAGCACCAUGUACAACCACCCGAGCUGCGAGCGCUGAUAGCACUGAGGAGAUGGACGUUGAACAAGCAGCCGCAGUCGUGCUCGAUGAGGAGGUUGAUUGGGUUGACGAACGGAUGGAUGAGGGUGAAGAUGGAGAAGAGGGCGAAGAGUGUGAGGAGGGGGACGAUGACGGCGUGUCUGAAUCAGACUUAGAAGCAGGGGAACAGAGCGACGCCCUCUUCACAUCAACAUUCGCUGGGGUGAUGCCAUGGUUGCAGGCAGUGUUCGACAGAGAAAUGAACACGGCCCUCUCCCGGUGUCGCCAACCUACAGACAGCAUCGAGCGCGGCCGUGGCACCUCGGUGUCGUGA